UCGAGACUCGCGGGCUAUAUAGACGUCGGACGUACGCGUUUCUGUACCACCGCGCCACACCGCACCACCAACCAAUUGGUUCGUAUAAUACAGGCACACCGCACACGCUGCUGCUGCAGCCUGCAGAGGCAGACCACGGCUGCACGGUCACAGUAAUAAUAAUAUAGAACAUAAUUAUUAUUAUUAUUAUUAUUAUUGAUUAUUAUUAUCAUUAUGUUCUACAAUAUUAUGCUCGUGAUAACUGAUAACCUGUUAGCGGUGAAAGCGAAAUACGGCCGUCAAGACGCAAAAUAUAGUUAUAAUAAAACACACCGAUAUGAGGCCGCGUAUCGAGGAAUGCUCGAUUUCCCGUCCAAGUAGUGCCGGUAGUGGUGGCGUGGAGGUAAGACAGCCGUCUCUCGCGCACGUUUUGCCGUCAACUGUCCGUCGCCAUCGAUCUUCGUCAACGCCGCGCCGGGACGAACGAUCGUUGCCGCUGAUCAGGUUUAAAAGCAAUACGUUUUCGUUUUGCGACAAACACGUGUAGCCGAGGCCGCCGUUCGCCCUUCUUUACGGACUUUCAGCUAUAGUUCUUAUUGCUCAUAUCGUGCCGACGACGAUGGCCGUCGACUACCUGUUCGAUCCGCGAACGCUGGCCGCCGCCACCGCCGCCGACGACACGACUCGAGCCGACCAACUGUCGGUCGACGACGGUAGCUGCAAAUACCGAUUGAGGCCCCUGUGCUUGACGGAUUUCGGACGUGGAUACGUGGACCUGUUGUCUCAACUGACCGUGACGGGAAGCGUCACUCAGCAGAUGUAUUCGAACACUUUUGAAGUGAUGAAGAACAACAGCGGUACAUAUUACAUAAUCGUUGUCGAGGAUACUGAGAAAAACUGCAUAGUGGCAUCCGGUUCCCUGACUAUUGAAAAAAAAUUCAUACACCUCUGUGGACAACGCGGUAGAAUUGAAGACAUUGUUGUCAACUCUAACUGCAGAGGACAACGGUUUGGAAAAAUUGUUGUUCAACGUCUGAUUGCUCUGUCACGCGUCCUAAAUUGUUACAAGAUUUCAUUGGAGUGUAAAGAUAGUAAUGUUAAUUGGUAUAGCUCAAUGGGUUUUGUGAAAGAACCUGGAAACUCAAAUUACAUGCAGAUUAAGUUUGAGAAACCAUCGCAUUGAACUUUGUUAUUUAUCAAAAACAGUAAUGUUUACUAUUAAUAUAUGAUGUUAAUUUUUGAAAAAUACAAUUUAUAUAAUGUUUAAUAAUAUUUGAAAAGCAAGAAUUUACAGUUGAUUUAUUUGAAAGAUCUUGCAUAUUUUGAUUUAUUGCAUUUUAUUAUACCUAACUCCAAUACACAAUGUAAAUUACUAUAAUAAGCACUGCAUUGUAUGUGUAGUGUAAGUUUUUUUAAAUUUCAAUGUUUAAUUUGAUUUUUAA